AUGGAGGGGGUGGAGGUUGACCUGUUUGACCCGCAGCUGGCGCUGCAGGGGAUCUGGGUCUUCAGGAGCGCGCUGGACGUCGAGCGCCCGCUUUUCCUGGAGCAGCAGCGCCGCGCGCAGGAGGCCGUGCAGGCGAGUGCCGCGGCAGCCGAAGAGGCGCUGCGCGCGGAGCGGCGCGCGCAGCGGGAGCAGCAGCUGCAGGAGCUGCUGGCGUGGGCGCAGGCGGGGCAGCAGCACUUUGAGUCGUACAUCAGUCACGUGAAGCGCCAGAUAGAGCGGCAGAGGGAGCUGCUCGGGCGGCGCGGCGGGGACGGCGACGGCAACGGCGGCGGCGACGGCCGCGGCGGUGUGGACGGGGGCGGGGCGGAUGGCGGCGGGGGCAGGGCACGAGGCAGCGGGGCGGAGGGCGAAAGGUAG